UACAAAUCUUGUCUGAAAUAAUACCUCUGUCUUAAGCCACUGCUAUAGCAAUGGCUAUAGCAAUCAAUGACUAUAGAUAAUAUUAUGAUGCCAUCUCUAGAACUAGUAUUAUUUUAAUAGGAGCAUUGAACACGUUGUUCAUCAAUGAUGUCGGAGCAAGAAUUUUCUGAUAAAGUGACGAAGGUUGUGAACUGUAUUGCUGAUGGUCAAAGAAACUCCGAGUGUGGGAAUCUUUUACGAGAAAUUUACCUCGAUAUUUUCACUUCUGCAGAAAGAAAAAGUUUUUCCAAUGAACUUUUGAAACAACUGAAGAGUUUGAUUGUUGAACCUGGAGACAGUCCUAAAGCACUCAGGCUCCUUGCUGUCUCCAUAUUGCGAGAGCUUUCACCUACAGUUGCAUACAAUGUAAGAGUAUCAAAUCUGAGUGCAGACCCAAACUGGUUGCCAUUAGUGUUUCCAUUGAUUCUUACCCAGGGUCAAGAGUUAGGUUACAUUGAAGAGCACAUACCAAUGUUUCUAAAAUGGCUUAAAAGCUCACCAAAUCCUUCCUUUCAAAGAAGUGCAUUUUUGUGCUUAAUGUCAAUUCACAAUCAUUAUGGAAUGGAUCUUUUUUCAGAAGAGCAUGUUACCAAUGUCAACAAACUGAUGAUUCAAUGGCUUUCCAAUGCAAGUCGUGUGUCGGCACCAAACCCCUAUCAACGCGCAAUAUUCAAUUCAAAAACAAUGCUUCAACCUGUGACAGAAGUAGAUGGAAAGAACUGCGAAUCGUUUUUUACUGUUUUAAACAUUGCCCAUUAUUGCACUAUGGAUCAAUGGUUGAACAUCGCUAUAUUCUCUUCAGUACGCUGGUGGCUGUUAACCACAUGGUCCUACCAAAACGGCUUUUGUGGGAUCAGCACUAACAUACCUUGUGAUUUAAGUAGUAUGAGAAGUGAAUCGCCUAUACCCUUUGCACAAGCAUCUUUUGUAGAACCAAUAUUUUUUGACGAGCGCAACUUACGAACCCAGGACGCAAAUGACACGGACGAAGAUUUGUUGUCAUCGCCGUUGCCUAGCAACGAUAGCUACCUUGUAAACAGUCCUAACUUUAGUGAGAUUGGCCAAGCGUUUGACUGGAAUGCUGCUAGCACGCCAAUUAAAGAUACUGAUGAAAACAGGAGUGUGAGCAGUUGCAGCAAUUUGUCGGGCAUGCGCAGGACUUUUGGAAGCGAGUCUAGUUUUUUUUCGGAGUCCUCUCAAGAUGGUAGUCUGGUAGAAAAGACUAUUGCGUAUUGCUAUAGGCUACUUCAACAGACUGAGCAUAACACAACGACAUUACAUGAUGUUUCGUUACAAAAAGCGUGCGUUAUUGAAGCCGUGAGUCUGUUGGAUUUCUUUUGUGAGAAAGAGGCAGACUUAAUUCCCAGAGCCAUACAAGCCGUUCGCAAGGUUUACAAUCAUGUAAAGAAAUUGUCAGAAUGGGUCGAAGUUUUGCUGCCCAUUCUCUUGUUUUAUAUCAAAUACGGCGAAGCUGUUAUUCUUGAUGCCGAACCUUACAUUCGCCAUUUCUUUGAAGACAUUUUAUACAACAGCUUUACCAGCCCCGAGCUUGCAUUUGAAAUCGUCGACUUUUGCAUUGAAAACAAAGAAGAAUUGCGACAGUCGACCAACAUUUUCUCAAAAUACUUCCCCAAUAUAUUCAAGAUUAUUGCUUGGUUUCCAAGAACGUUUCUCAAAGAAUUCAUGGAAUUAUUGCCGAUGAUGAUCAAUGAAAAUAAUUAUGUUGAAAUCUUCCAUCUUCUCCUUGAUCUGCCUUGCCUUUCUGCUGCACUGGAGGCCGUACAUGAAUCGAAGAGACGCAGCGUCAAGACAAACUCGGAAUCCAUCGUCGUCUUGCGUAAAUCUGUCAAAGCAUAUAACAAUUCGAAAUUCAGGGGAUUGUUUUCGUUCAUUUUAAGAAAGGAAAGUGGCUUUGCUGAUACCAUUAGUAGGUUAAAUAUUCUUCAUUCAUUGUUUGAAGAUAUGGUCAAUUGCCCUAGAGUUUUGACUUCGGCCCAAGUAUCGUGGCUUUUGCUCAGGGUGUAUUUUCAAGAAGUUCUUCAAAAUAAAGACAUCGAAGAGACAAAACUUUUCCCCAUAUUAUUGGAGCGUGUUGUGUCCAUAAUCGAUAUCGAAGAAUAUAAAAAUAAAAUCCAAAGUCUUUUUGCUUCCCAACUCCUAUCUAUCUUCAAACUACAUCCUGACCUGUUGUUCGAGUAUUCAAGCGAUAUCAUCGAUUUUGUUCAGGAAAUGAAGACGUUGGAUACAAGUUCCAAGCAGUUCUUUACCAAUCUGGUGUGGAUCAUCGGAGAGUAUGCAUCUAACAAAUAUGACGUCAGAUAUGACAAUUCAUGUGUUAUCAAAUUCCACGAGAUAAUUGAAAGUGUGACCUAUGAACUAGCAUCAAGAACGAAUGCAGAUAGCAAGCUUCAAAAAGACUAUUGUACCUCACGCUUGCUUUGCAUUUUAAUGUCGACAUUAGCGAAGCUUGCUUCCAGAUGUCCUGAUCUUAUACCAAAAGUCAUCCUUUGUAUUCGCAAAGUAUCCAAACAAAGAGCUGAUGUUUGUGUUGAACAAGCCGAAAAAGCCACAGUUAUGAACAGGGCAAGGGAACUGAUCAGUUUACUAAAUAUUCCAAGUGUUGCACAGUUAAUCUUAAGUCCAGACCCGUCAAUAAAAGAAGGAAGACUUCAUCGUGAUCGGCACACAUCUUUGUCUUUCUUCAUGAACUCAUCAAGAGAUAUGAUGUUUUAAUAAGGUCACUCUUGUCGAGUCUAAAAAAGUUGCAUAAAGUCAAUAACUGCAACACUUGCUGCAAUUUUUGCUAGUUCACCUUUGUACCCAAAUUAAGAAGAUCAUCCAUCCACGGUCAGGUUCACUCACCCUACCACCACUCGUGAGAUUCUUGUCAUCAAGAAGUUUAAUUCCAAAUGAUGAACUUGGGUCAUGAACUAAAUGAAAAAAUUUUGAUUGAAGCAUUUUUUAUGCGUGUUUCACGUUAAAUUUCAAUCAAAAUGCAAAAAUAUUAACAUCUUGGAAAAUCUUGGAUGUAGAUUAAGCCAAAAAAUCAAUUUACUGCAGUGAAAAACAAAUGCUUUUAGACAAUACACUUACUAAUAUACCUUUGAACAUGAAACUCGUGUUUAAAGUUCGUUCAGUUUGCACUGAAAACAGAUAAUUUCGGUCUUGAUGUACAAAUAAUCAUUAAAUUUGCGAAGAUUGGAAUGUUCGAUGAUGAAAAUAGUGAAAAAUUAAAUGGGUGGUGGCUUUAGUAUCGUAGCCGCUGCAUGCAAGUUUUAAUCAUACCAUUGAAAGUGUUGGACGUGAUUAAUUUAUUGAAAAAUUCAUUGUUUUCUCGGAUAGGUAUUUUCAUUGAACCAAGAACUGGCUAGUUCAGUUUGUUUUAUCCUUAUAUUCAUACCUCUUAAUCCGUAAAAUUUCUUUACUAGUCACGGUUUGUGCUUAAAAAUUGCUCUUCACCUUGAUAGUUUUAAGGAAAAACUAUAGCUAAAUGGGCUAGAAAAAGGUCAAGCUAGAAAACACUAAAAUAGACGAAGAUAUAUUAUUCCAAUCAUAAGUGUAUGAAACGGGGCUGCUGCAGCAUCACUAGUUUUGAGAUAAAAGAGUAACGAUGGAUAAUUUCUUCCGAAAAGUUGGGCAGUAGCUAUUUAGAGAUUUUCGUCGUUUGUAGUCAAAACAUUAGACAAAUUAAUUACUUUAAUUAACAAAAUUAAUUUUAACAAGCUAAUAGCAAGACAUUUUCAUUCAUGGUAAAUUCUCUAUGACCUUUCCUUUGCUAUUUAUUUUAAUAAUACUGUCAGAUGAAAGAAAUUGUGCAUAGAUUAAAUAUGUAAAAGAAAUAUUUUCUAUGAAAACCA